GUUUCAUUCCCUUCCUCGACCUCCUUUCGGUGACCUUCCCACCUGCGGCUGGCAUCAUCUGUUGCGAGUACCUCGUGGUCAAGGGUUUCCGAUCGCAGCUGGACGAGACGCGGGCUUCUGGGACGAUGCCGGAGACAGCUCCGGUGUGUGUCCCGGCCUCACUGGUGGCAUGGUUGGCAGCAGCGCUUCUGGGACACUUCUUGCCAUGGGGCAUGCCUUACCUCUACUCCCUGUUCGGCGCAGCACUCUUCUAUGGCCUGUUGAGCAUCACAGGCUUGCGUCCGAGCUAUGGCAGCAUGAAAAUUGGAAGCGCCAGAAGCUCUACGAAACUUUAA